AUGGAGAACGGAUCUUCGGUCUUGUUCAACAGCACGUCACUAGUGAACACGACGGGCAAGACAACUUUCGACUCUUUGUUUGUGCUUGUCAGAAUUUCGUCGGCUAUUCAGCUCGUGCUCUGUGGACUCGUUCUCAACGUGCUCUAUCGACUUCCCCAUGUUCGCAAAAUAAUCAAUUACCCUAUUAUCAAUUUGGUUGGGUCGGAUAUCUUACGAGCCGUCUUGACCUUCCUUGCCAUUCCGUUGCAUUUCAUGAGGCACGGCCAUCCUUCAAUUGGCGAACAAAUAUACUGCGAGUUAUUCAGAUAUGCAAACAACGUUCAGUUGUCUUGGUCCUGCUGGGCCCUCGUCAUAGUUGCCUAUAGUCGUUAUGACAGCGUUGCAAACAUAUUCAAUCAGAAAUUCAACAAAAGACGCUUUUGGACACUCACCGUGACGAGUUGGAUCGUGUCGCUUCUUACAUCUUUACCUCCUAUUAUAGGAUGGAGCUCUUACGAUAUGAGGAAGAUGAAGAACAUGUAUCGCUGUAGUACCGGAUCGAGUGGAAAGGAUUUGGCAAGCGCCACUUUCCUUCCAUUUUUCUAUUUCGUCAACUACGUUGUUCCUUCGAUUUUCGUCUUGAUAAUCUUUUCCUUUAUUGCUCGUAUCACCAUCAAGCGGCAGAUAAAAGGCCAGACUUCUUCGUCUAACAAAAAGGACAACAAAGUCAUCGUAUUGUCAGGUUUUUCUCAUCCGUCGCUUCCAUCUGCCGAGCAAGAACGGCAGCGAGACUCAGCAGCUCAUUUAAAAAAUAUCGUUCGAUCUAGAUCGUUCCUCUACAUCGUCCUGAUCGUCGUGACCAACAUAUUUCUCUUAGCGCCAUAUGUGGUGACCACAUCCUAUGAUGCUGUCAGCCGCGAUCUCGGACUAUACAAGAAAAUACCUUACGUUGUAAUGGAAAUCACUACAGUACUGUUCGUGGCGAAUUUUGUUGCUAACUCUUUGCUGUACAUAUUUUGGAUCAGGACUUUUCAGCAUGCAACUGCUGUUUUGUGUUGUCGCAGAAAGGAGGAGCGCGCUGCAACAGCAGCAGUUAGGAAUAACGUGUGA